AAUUAGAGUAUCGUCGGCCAUAUUGACUUUCCGCAUCUGACGAGAGAGCCAUUCUGACCCCUUGUUUACCUUAAUUCCCCCCUCCGUAUCUAGAGUUUUGGCCUCUCAUUGAUAAAAAUGUCUGUAGCCGACAAGUUAGACGCCGCUAGGCACUCUAUAACGGGUUCUUAUGUGGCUAAAGUUGUCUGUAAGUCUUCGAGCCGUGAGGUUAUGGGUCCGAAAAGGAAGCACUUGGAUUGUAAGCUUAAGUUUGGUUUGCAUAGAUUUGAGAAAAUAUUAUGGUUAUUUUGUUUCCUGAGGUUAAUGGCAGUUUGUGUGUUGCAUUUUACUCUAUAGAUCUGACCGCGUGCACACAUAAUGACAACGUUUCCAUCCCAAAUUUAGCGGAGUUACUAUUCGAGCGAUGCACAAACUCGAGUUGGGUUGUAGUUUUCAAAGCCGAGUGCACCUUCCACCAUUUGAUGUCGUACGGAAAUGAGGUGAGAAUGAAAAAAUUAAUUGUUGUUAGCCCAAGCAAGCUUUCUUCGAGGUGUGAAUAUAAUUUACCACCCGUCAGCAGAUGUUUUGGAGGAAAAAUAGUCACCUGACUCGAAAUUAUUUUAUUUUUCUUUUCGUUUGUCACUAAAACUGGCGUAUCUCUUGUUUGGAUCGAAUGUCAGUGUCUAGCGGAUUUUGUUGUCGUCUUGCAUGAAGAUGUCAGUUGUUGUCAUGACUGUCUUUAGUGUUAGAACGCUUUAGCGAUACGCGAGCCACUGUUACCCAGUUGUUAUGAUUUUAUGACAGUACAGAACUUAAAUUGUCAAUGAGCCGAGAACGACUACACUUACGCACACCUUGAGCUGGAACUUCGCAUAAUAUUAACUCACGUUCAGUCUCUAAAUUAUAUUUUAUAACUACAUCAUCUAUUUGAUGUGUUGUCUAAUCAUCCAUUCUAUGAGAAACUUUAAUAGAACAACUUGAGUUAUUUUUGGCGUAGUACUAUCGUUUUCCAAGUUUUCCUAAUGUUUUAUGAAUAUCGUGCUGUUGGUGUUGAAAUAAUUUGCCGUAGAUAAAGGUCACAGAGUAGCAUUUUUAAAUAGGCUUUGUUGCUGCCAAUUUUUUCCGUUCCUUGUAAAUUUACCAUAAACUUUGAUGAGAGGUGUUAAGAGAUUUCAGUUUUAUAAUAAUGAUAAUAUCUGUUCUCCUCAACUUUAGAUAACCAGCACUUUAUAGUAAUUUAUCUCCACUUUUAAUUUCAAGGGUAAGAGGUUCAGUUUUUGUGGAGGGACUUGCAGUGAUUUUAGAGCUUAAAAUUCCAGCCUUAUUUUUUGCUUAAAGUUCUUUUUCUUGUUAAUGUGUCCCUUUCAUAAAAACAAGUGAUUUAAAAUGUGCAGUGUAGUAGUUGUCUGAAUAGAACUGACGCUUAUCCAGAUGAUUGUGGUUAUGAUAAAAACUACAAAAAAUUGCACAAACAAAAUUGUAUGGAAACCACUCUUAGAUUCUUGGGGCAAUCAGUAUCUUAGAAUUUAUCAUUAAUUUUCCUCAAAAUUAAAUGCACUAAAGUAGAAUAAUAAUGGCAACCUUGUCGUUUUUGUAUGCUUAGAUGAUUGAGCUGAUUGUACCAAAAUCAUUUAUAAGUUUGAAGGAAAGUUGCAUGAGGGAAUCUAGAUGAUCUGGAAUGAUAGGGAAACCAGUCUCAAGCAAACUAGGAUAUUUUCCCUCCAAAACUUUGGCAAAACACCGGGUCAUUUGGUUUCAGCCUUCAGGAUCAUGUGCUAUCCACUUGCUAGGGAGUGAAUAUUGCUGAAUAGCCUGAUAUAAAGAACCAAUCAGAUUGUUUAAAACACCAAGGCUACUGAAUGAUUAUUAUCUGUUUGAAUUGUAUCCCAUUUCAGUUUAAUAUCAUUAUUUAUUUUUUGGCUUUAGAGGUUUAUUCAAUAUUUGGCAUCAAGAACCUCCAACUUCAGUCUUGGUAACUUUCUGGACAAAAGUGGUGUACAAGGUACAGUGUAUGUGCAUGUAGUAUUGACUGUCACGCAUGGCUUGCAUGUUACAUAAAAUAAUCUAAAUAAAGGAAUACAGUAUGGGAAAAAAUCAUCGUGUUCCUUUGAAGUGUAUUUAAAAAUUCUUACAGUUUUAUCCCCCUAAAUCGUCUCAGGUUGUUGUUUUCUUUUGAAAAGGAUAUGAUAUGUCUACUUUUGUGAGAAGAUAUGGAAAAUAUUUGAAUGAGAAGGCUUCGUCUUACACAGAAAUGGGAUAUGACUUCUGUCGAAUAAAAAGAGGGUAAGAAACUUCUGCUUAAUUUGUGCCUCAUUGUCGGAUGUCCUUUACAUGACUGUAUGUACAGUGUUCUCCCAAUUUUAAAACAUCCUUAGAGGGACCAGUCAUUAUUUAUGUGGGGGGGUGGGUUUUUUUUUUUUGUUUUAGCAUGAAAGAAAAAACUUAGCCCACCUCUUUAAGCCCAUUAGUUAAUUCUUGACCCACCCCCAUAUAACUUUAUAUGAGAGGUGACCCACCUCCAACCCCCUUCAAUCUAUACCUCUGUAAGGAGUUCCUGUUCACUGAACAAAAUCAGCAUAUCUUGUGGACCAGUGUCCUACUCUGCGGCCACUGCGACAGUUAUAUUAAGAAAAGGAAGCAUGCAAGCCUUCUCAAUAGGGUUUAUGUUUAUUUAUUGAUAUUUAGUGUUCACAUGUUUGAUUCUCCAUACUUGGGUUGGAUUGCUACAUGUGACAUCCAGUUGUGUUAUAUUUUAUNCCCCCCCCCCCCCCCACAUAAAUAAUGACCGGUCCCCUAGGGAGAAGAAGUUAAUUGUUUGUUUUAAGUAAAGGACAAUUUGUUCAAAUUAUAAUAUAAUUUAGGUGCUCUGGAAAGGGAACUCUGUUUGGUUCAAAUUAUCUCCUACAGGUUUGAAAGACAUUGUUUAUCUGUAUCAGGAUUCUAUUUUUCAUAUACCUUAUAUGUAUUUGCAAAGAAAUAACUAACGUUUUACAUUUUUCUUUUUAGUAAGGAAGAAGGUGUUAUAAGAACCAUGGAAGCUCCAAAAGUAAGUUAUCCAAUCUUUGAUAAGGUUUAAUUGUUACCAUUUGUUACCUUUACAAUGAAAAAUUAAAAGUCUAUGAUUAUGAUGAUGAUGAUUAUUAUUAUUAUCAUUUUUGUAACAUGUAUGUUGUAGUUAAUUUUUUAAUUCAGGUGAUUUUUGUUUGUCUUUUGUGUUUGGGUAUGGUAAUAUAUGCUGAUGAAGUUGAAACAAAAGAAAAAGAGAAAUUACCUGAGAUAAAAAAAUUAACUACAACAUGUACAUCCUAGGAAUUUUUAGUUUGUGUGCAGAUACAAUGUAAAUGUACAUGUGAGUAAAGAGUACUGCAUGAUUGGACACUUUUACAGAGCACUUGCACCACUCAUGAGUUUGAAAUAACGAAAGGUUAUGCAACUGAUAUGUUUUAUAAAUAAAAUGAAGCUGACUGUAAAGGCUGUGAAAUUGGGAGAACUGUCUUAUUACAUGUAGUUCCUAAAACAGUCAACUCUCUUUAACUGCACACUGCUCCAUUGUACAAGAUUGACAUCUCCCUAAAACAGGUACAUGUAGUUAGACCCUGCUGCUCUUGAAUGAUUUUAUUUGAGAUGGAUACAUCUUCAAGAUAGGUGUUUAGGCAGUUUCUUUUGUGUCUGUCUUAAUUGAGUUGAUGUCUGUUCCUACUGUUUCCCAAAUACAUGUACAGUCUGUAUAGGGCUUCUGAUAUUUCGCGCGGUCGCAGAGCCGCGAAACUCGGGUAAAAUCUGCAAAAUCUUGCGAAAUUUACAAAAACACACAAAAUACCGUGAAAUUCGGUAUAAAUCUUAUCGAAUACAUGUCGGUACAGCAUUUUUGAAACUUAUCUCAGCUAUUGCGGCUGUUUACUUGCUGUAAACUUGCAAAUUUAUCUUGAAACUUCGUCACUGAAAUGUGCAAACAAAGUCCGAAACUACCAGGCAUAGAUUAUGUUGCGAAAAACUGGGUACUAGCCAUGAUGGUAAAGGCUUUGCCAUUGGUUCAUUUCUGGAGCAUAUUGUUUUUGAAAGAGCAAAUGAUGACCUCUGUUAGAAAAACAUUAAAAGCGCUGGUCUGAUCAGUGCAAAACCAAUGGAUUGCUAGAGAAAUUUGCCCCAAAAAUAACUACAAAAUCUGCCGUUUCUUUACCGAUUGCUCUUCAGUGAAGUUUGCCUCAGAAAAUUCCAGCAAAAUCGACCCAUUUUUCCACAAAUUUGUCCCUAAGAAUCCCACGAAAUUUGACUUUUUUUUCUGCGACCUAUCAGAAGCCCUGUCUGUAACCCUAAUGACAGCAGACUGUUUAAACUCUCCCUCCUUCAUACAUUGUCUUUCUGCUUGAUGUUAAAUCAAUCUUCUUCUUGCUUGUAAUUUGAACUGGUGCCAAAACAUUUCACAUAGAAAAUUAGUAUCCAUUUAUUUUUGCUCCAAAUGAUGCAUGCACCAAGGGCUACCCCUGUCUUUUUAGAUACAAAAUUAAGCUAAUACCAAUAUGUCAUGGUUUCUCCCAUAUUGACCAUGUAGAUGAUGUUGUUUUGUUCUCUUUAUAGCUUCUCAAAGCUCUACCUGUCCUGCAACAACAGAUUGAUGCCUUACUUGAAGUAGAUGUAAGUAUCAUUUAUGGUUGUGUUUGCUCUUUUAUUGCUAAUUGGUGUUUAUUUUUGUUACCUUUUUGAUGUUUUGGUCUUGUAAUUUAAAAUACAGCAGUACAAGGCUCGAAAUAAUUUCCGGUGAGUCUCCGGAGGCGAUGACUGGCCAAAUUCAUUCUAGUGCGAUCACAUAUUGUUUCUGGCCGGUCAAAUUUAUGAGAUAAAUAACUCUUAAAACAAGGGUCCAUGAACCAAAACUGGCUUUAUAUAUUUCCAAAAAACAGAGCCUCUGAUAUUUCUCGGGGUUGUGGAGUGGCGAAAUUCAGGUAAAUCCACGAAAUCCAGCGAAAUUUGCUAGAAAUCUUAUCAAAUACGUGUCAAAUACAACAUAUUUGAAAGUUAUCUUGGCUGUAUUCAGUAUAUUGAGGCUGUUUAAUUGCCAUAAACUUCAUCACCACAAGGUGCAAACAACGUUCCAAAACUACCAGGCGUAAAUUAUGUCAUAAAAAAAAUGAGCACUAGUCAUGAUGUUAAAAGCUUUGCAGUUGGCUCAUUUCUCGAGUGCUUUAUUGUUAAAAUAGCAAAUGAUUAUCUCUGUUGAAAAACAUUAAACACACUCGUCAGAUCAGUGCAAAAUUGAUUUAUUUCUAGCAAAAUUUGCCAAGAAAAUUCCCAUGAAAUCGGCCAUUUUUUUACCGAUUGUUUUUUUUGGCGAAGUUAGCCCUGAAAAUUUCAGUGAAAUUAGCCAAUUUUUUCGCAAAUCUGUCUCUGAAAAUGCCACGAAACUUGACUUUUUUUUCCGUGACCUUUCAAAAGCCCUGAAAAAAGUUGUUGUUUAACAAAUAAAAGUGAAAAUAUUUUUAAUUUUGUGACCAGAAGUGCGUGAACCCCAAUGUCUAUUUCCAUGCCCGAAAAUAAUGGUCUAGUUGCAUUUCACUCAGGAUUACAGAUCAAAGUUCCGCAAUACACAGCGACUUGCUACAUACUGAUAACAACUGAAACAACUGAACAUCAUGGAAAUUUUGAUUUAUUUUAUUUUCAAUACGAUCAAAUGUGACCAGACAACAUGACUGGCAAGAUGAAAGGUUGACCGGUCAACUCCCCAAUCAGUCCGGACAUUGUCCAUUGACCGAGCCCUACAGACACAAAGCAGACCUGUGCUGAACCACUUUACCAUGCCUUCUCCAGGGGACUCUUAUUACCUUGUACUCUGCACAAUAGUUCAACAAAAACAUAGCCACACAAUGAAAUAUUGUACAUGCACAUGUGUCUUUUAACAUUCUUUUGUGAAUUAAAACUGUGUGGUUUGAAUGCAAGCUAUCUUGUAUUUCUGAUGUGUACAGUGCAUGAAUGUGAUCUGCUGUCCACAAUUUAAAAAGUUUAUAUCCUUUUACCCUAAUUAUUUUACUUUCUCUAUAGAUAAAGUCAAGUGAACUAACAAAUGGUGUGAUAAACGGUGUAUUUGUACUCCUGUUUAAGGUAUUGGAGAGAAGUUCCUUUUUACGUUGUUGUUUCUUAUUAACAGAAUAUUUUGCCUGUUGGUUUUUGUUAGUAAAUCUGUAACCAAUCAUUUUGCUGGGCUGGCAGAAUUCAGCCAUCUUGUACACUGACAGAAGAGAAAGUUUGUGUGUGCCUGCUGAUAAGAAAAUGACACCUCUAUCUCUCUUUAAAAAGCAUGUGUUUGUUGGGACUGUGUGAGAAUCCUGGAAAAUACAUUAUUGUAUCUUCAUUAAGGCACCUUUUGCAACUGUUUUUUUUACUCUAUACGAAUACAGUGGUCCAAUUUAGGAAAUGGCUUUUCUUUCCUUCUUGUUAAAUAUAUGCUGUGAAUAUGUUCUAUGCAAAGACCAUUAACGUAAGUAAGAAGCUUAUAGGCACAAGUACAGCUGUUACAAAGUAAUAAGCUGGCUUUUAAGGUAAGCAAAGGUGGGAAACAGUUCUCACAUGUACGUGUCUUGCUUGUGUUGCUCACUUUGCCAACUUGUAUAAUGUCUUUUCACCAAUAUCUGAAACAAUGUAUUAUAAUUUGCUGUGAAUUCAGCCAUUUCAAAUAAUUUUUAGAUUUCAGUUAGGGCACUUCUUCUCUCUGUUAUUAAUAGUUAUGUAGGAUAAUUGUUGUAGAUUUGACAUUGUUUUUGCAAUAUACUUUCAGGAUUUGAUCAAACUAUUUGCUUGCUACAAUGAUGGUAUAAUAAAUUUGCUUGGUGAGUAGUGCAUGCUUGUGUCCAGUAUGUAACUUUGUGCAUGCGGUGUACAUUAAUAGUAUAAUGUGAUAGGAUAAUAGUGAGUUUAAGCAGCAAAGGUGGCUAUGGUAAUGAGAACAGCAAAAAAGCAAUAGGUUUUAUGAGCAUACAUGUGCAUGUAAGAACAUUUUUGCACACACAUCAUGCUUUUUGUACAUUUCUCUGCUGUUCCUGAACGCGAACACGGAGAAAAAUUUUCUUUUUCUUUUUCUAAACUUAGAUACAGACCUUUAGGACUCAGUUCUAGAAAUAUUUGCUAACAAUUUACAAAUUGGUUGAGAAGAAACAAGGUCGAUGAAGUUUGUAACAGUGUGAACAUUAUUUUUUAUUAUUUUUUAAUAAUAGAAAAGUACUUUGACAUGAACAAGAAAAACUGUAAGGAUGGCCUGGACAUAUAUAAAAAAUUUAUUACAAGAAUGGAUAGAGUAUCUGACUUUUUAAAAGUUGCCGAGGAUGUGGGUUUUGACAAAGAUGAUAUUCCUGAUCUUAGCAAGGUAGGCAGAAUUAAGCAGCAACUUGUUUGUAGGCAACAGAGAAACUAUUCAAAAAAUCAAACAAAAUAGCCCAAAAUAUGCCUGUGUCUUCAGUGUACAUACAGACAUUAGCAAAAUCAAACCAGAACCAGCAAAACUCCCAAAAGGGAUUUUGUUACAAAUAGUUAUGGUGAGUACUGGGACUCAUUUUAUUUGUGAAAAAUCGUGAGUCCUAGUCCAGAACCAUUAAAACCAAGCUAAAAAACAAUAGUUCUAAAUUGACAAUGCUUGGGCCUUUUUGUAGCCAGACUGUUUUAACACCAAAAUUCUGUCAGUCCUUCUAUUACUAGUGCAACAAAGACUAAAAGAAAUAUGUUUCGUUAAAAUCAUAUGAACAGGAUAUUCAACAAAAUUAUCUUCAGAUUGAUUGAUUAAUACUUGCAUCCUAUGGAACACAUGCUAUGAAUUAUUUUGCAUUUUUGGAAACAGGGAUGUAGGGUACAGAGUAAAAAAAUCACUGCACCAAAACCCUUGGGACCAGUACAGUCAAAGUUUUUUAUAAGCGAACACCCAAAAUGUGAAGAGUUGCAGACUGUAGUGGUUGCAUACCAGAGGUGGUUACUUACAGGGAUUGGUCCCCAGGGGGUCCCUUCCAAGAGGAGAUCCCAAUACAUCUUGGUUCUUCACUUACUCUGAGUAGUGUAGUACACACAGUAGAUCAGAGAUCAGACCAUGAGUCAAGUAGUUGUUUACAAGGGAGUAAAAACAAUUGAAAAUUAUAGAAGCGUCAGCCCAAAAGGUGGUUGCUUACAAGAGGUUCUAACUAUUAGGGUUUGACUGGAAAGUUUUGGUGUUUUGGUAGGUGGUCACCUACGAGAGGUGGUCGCAUGUGGGGGUUCGACUACAUUAGAUUCUGAUAAACUGCUCACCCACUUCAACAAUAUAUAAUAACAAUACAAUAAUAACCCAACAACCCGACCCAAAGUCUUGCCCUACAGUGCACAUGUACAUCUAAGUGCCUAAGUGAGAAGUUAUUGUUAAUGCAUGUUGGAACUGUUUCUCCAGACAGUAAACUCACGCUCACGAUAAAGAACAGAACUGUUUUAAUGCUUCUAACUCUCUCUAGGUAAAGAUUACAACUCUUGCCAUGUGCUUUUUUCUGCUGAUCCAUCACUUCUUGGAGUGACAUCCUAUAAUAUCCAUGAUCCUAACUCCCAGGCCCCAACGACCUUAGGGAGUGCCUGACUAGUGUACAAAGUAAAAAAAACUUUAACAAAACAUUCUUAACAUCCCAGUAUCAACUGACAAAUUCUCAAAAUACAGUAGGCGGGCAGUUUUGCAGAUUCUUAUACUUAUCUUGGUUGGUCUAAAUAAAUAUUGUAAUAUCAGACUUGUUGAAAUGUGAAAGUCAACUACUGGUCUACGUGUUCUUUUGUGUCAGGCACCUAACAGUCUUUUGGAUGCCCUUGAAAAUCAUCUACAAUCUCUGGAAAAAGGCAAGACGAGCAAUCCACCCACAUCAAAGUAAGUGCCUUUCAUUGUUGAUAAUAAUCCUUUCAAACAUUCCUUUAAACAGGGUCACUAAUCCAAGGUUUGGGGUGAUUUGUAAGAAAAUGCCACCUGAAGCUGCCUCCUCAUUUCUUUGUGGUUGCUCACUCGAGUGGAAUGCAGGAGAGGUUAGGGUUAGGGUAGAAAUCUGGCUCAUUAAAGUGUUUUUUACCAUGUGAGUGCCUGAAACACAGGUCACUACAUUGCAAACUAAUGUUUUGAAGAAAGGAGACAAGUUGGACAAAGACUUACUAUGUUGUCAAUGUAUCAUGUUUCUAUCUAAGGAGCCAGUUCAAACAUUUCUGUUGACAUUUUAAUAGCCAGGUAAAAUCCUCCCUCUCAUUCUGACAUCCUCUAAAAUUACUGACAACUAUAUACACAUGUGCUUGCAACUGUAACUAAAAAAUUCCGAAAAUGUUAUCACCAAAAUCUUAUCACCACAAUUGUUUUCAUAAUUUGUUUUCUCAUGAUUAAUUUUGAUUAGAGUUCAUGCACAGUUUGAAAUGCGGAUUUGGUUAUUAAGAAAUAACAAUAUAUUUUAUUCUUUUUCAUUUUUGUCAGACCUCUAACAAUCCCCAGCAUCACUCUUCCUCCAUCUGCUACGGAUGCUUUCAGUGCUGGCAAGUUCACAAUGAAGUUUGAAGGAGAUGAUUCUGUGGACACUGCUCCAAAAAGUGACCUUCUUGAAGAGGAAGAAAGAUAUCUUGAAGCUUUCAAGGUAAGCAGAGAUUGAAUGAACAUUCAGUUUCUUGCAAUUUCUCUAACACAUUGGCUUAGCUUCAUAAGAAAUUAACAUCUCUAUUCAUCUUAAUGCAAUGGCCUCCUUACUUGAAUGUAUAACUAAAGCUUGAAAUUGUAGUAAAUAAUAUUAAUGACAAGUAAUGGUAACUGGACUGAGUGGAAUCCAAUAUUCAGUCUGUAAUCAUACAAGUGAUUAACAAAAUCGGACGAUUGCAAAGCGGGAGUUCGAUUUGUUUAGUCUUAUUAAUCAUAACUUUAACAAAAUUUGUGAUAUAUAAGGGUCUUUUUUAAAAUCAAAACACAAGAAAUUCCAAGCUAUUUAUGUGCACGCCUGAUGGCAUGUACUGUCCUAUUAAGGCUGAAAUCAGGGCAGUUGAUAGCCAGUCAGCUUUGAAAAUUUUGUUAGCAUUAUGAUUAUAAUAAUAAUAACAAUAAUGACAAUGAUAAUAAUGUUGAUGAUACUGUAGUGAAUGUAAUAAUAAACACUUUUGUGUACUAUUUGGUCAAACCCUGUUAAUAUGGACUUUGAGGGGGACGUAGAAAGUGUCCGUAUUAACUGUGUGUCUGUAGGGCUUUUUCCCCCCAGGGACAAACCAAACUGUCCAUAAUAAUGAGGUGUCCAUAUUAAGCGGACGUACAUGUAUGUAAAGUGGGUUUGACUGUUAAAAUUUUUCAAUCUCUUUUAAAUCUUUUAAUUUCCUGUUUUCCUUACAAUCUCGUACAUGCUUCAAUCAAUCAAAUAAAGGCAUUUUGUGUCAAAUGCCAAUCUAUGCAUACCGGUACUUACAUGUAUGAAGGUCAAGGCAUUUGACGUUUAUUUUCGCUUAACCCUUCAAGCCCUAAGAGUGAUCAGCAUCAAAUUUCUCCUUGUAAUAUCAAUGCUUUGUAAAACAGAGUGGUCAUGAGAAUUACAGACAUGAUCUCACAAGAUGAAUUUGCUUGAUAUUAUUUUUAUAAACUUCUCCACACUACUUCUGUAGGAAAUGAAUUGGGGCAGCAAAUGAGAAUUGAAAUUUUGAUCUUAGGGUUUAAAGGGUUAAAUAAAUUAAUGUAGAGCACAUAAGAAGGCUAUACAUGUAGAUUACUGAUUACUGAUCAUUUCUCUUCUAAUCAGAAGGCCAAAGAAUCUGGGACUCAGGUGCAAGUACCUGCUGCCCAGCCAGCUCAAGCUAAAAAUUGGGAGCCGUUGGGUGAACCAACAGCACCUGUACCUGCCCCAACAUCAUCUCCUAGUGAUGACCUGUUGCAACUUAAUGCUGCAUUUUCAGUACAGCAAUCAAGCUCUACAGCUUUUUCGCAGAGUCCUGCCUUCCCACCUAGCCAGUCCUUCCCUGCGGCUCAAGGAUUUGGACAAAGUCCGGCAGUGUCCAAUGGCUUUGGUGGGGCACCCCAGGCAGGUCCUUGGGGAGGUUCUGCGGCAACUCCUGGUAAGAUUCAAUGUUUCGGCUUUAAACAGUUACUUGAAAACUGGAUUGAUGGGUUUUGCAAACGCAUAUGCAUUAAAACUUUUCCCACACUUUUCCUUCUUAGGUUUUCCCAGUAGUGCCUCUACAAACCCUUUUGACAGCCAAACUAAUGAUGAUUUUGCUGCUGUGUUUGGUCAGCCAGCUGCCGUGGACAGUACUCCAGCCAUGGGUGACAUUCUAGUUCCUACUGUGUCUAGCACAGGGAAACCAGCACCGGCAGUUGCUGUAGAAAAUAACGUGAACACGGAUCAGUCAGGGGGCAACUUACAUGCUAGCUUAGAUAGAGUUGCCAAGUCCUUAGGUGAGAUGCCACAGACGAGUCUACAUGUACAUAUAUGUUGUUACAUUUGCAGGCAUGCACUGUAACAAGGGUUUCAAUAAAAAUUGAAGUAGCCAGUAGGUUUGAAUAGAGUAACCGACUGAAUCAAUAGGGGGCCGUUGGUCCCCUUUUUCUAGACACUUUCUAACCCAGAAAAUUUUGAAAUUUCAAAGCCCUAAAAUGUGAUUUUUAGCAUUCUGGGGAAUGAAUUUGAGGACAAAAGAGUGUGUUUUUCAUUUUAAAAAAAAUGUAGCUUUCAAUCUAUCAGUCACACAAAUCAAUUGCUACAAGCAAUGAACUAUAAUUGAUGAAAACUAAAUUAUGUACUUUUGCACGUAAACAAAUUCUGCGUAAACCUAUAAAGAAACUUGUGAAAAAAUGACUGAAAAAUAGCAUUCACACGACUAAAGCAUAACGUAAAACCAGUGGGCCUUUGUGAAAACACAUCAUAAUUAUGUUUUCAUUCAGAUUUUAUGAUAUAUUUUUUGUUUACAACGUUAUUCAAACUAGUUGCUUCUCCUUCUAGAAAGAAGUAGCUGACAUCUAUGAACAAAGUCGCGUUUCGUCGGCCACCGGUGCUUAUUGAAACCCCUGCUAUAAUAAAUUAUCGAACCCUUAUUAGUCAAUUUCUAGUAGUGCCAGAAAUUGUUUGAGUGCGAUGUGUUGAUUAUUUUUGUAAGUACAGAAAACAAUAAAAAUUGUAUGCCUGCCUUGAAGCUGUAGAAUGAAGGAAUGAGGUUGUAGAGUCUAAAUUCCUCUGAAUUAGUGGAGGAGUGAAACACAACAAAUUACAUUGCCUGAGUUGAGCAAUUACAUAGCCUUGUAUCUUCUGCAACAAUUUCUCCAGGGUUCGUACAGGCCAUGGAAAACAUGGAAAGUCAUGGAAUUUAAUUGCCGUUCCUUGAAAGUCAUGGAAAAUUAAGGUUUUGUGUGGUAGAUUAGUUACUGCAGAUGAAAAUGCAUUUAGGUGGAUACCAGAGUUUAUUUCUUUUUAACUGUUUGAGGUAAAAAAAAAUAUGCUAAAACGAGUAAAGUUUUGGGAAUUUUAGAAAAUGACAGCUAAACCCUAAGGUCAUGGAAAACUAGAAAAGGACAUGAAAAAGUCAUGGAAAGUCAAGGAAUUUGAAGAACUCAAAGGAGUACAAACCCUGUCUAUGUUUCUUGUUUCCUCUUCUUCCAUUUGUUUCAAAUACUGUUUUUACUACGUGAUUAUCUAAAGCAGAAAACAGUACACGUUUAUUGUUGUUAGGCUACAGUUAGACCAUGAGUAGUCCCUUAUUUUCCUCAGAAUCCACUUGAAAAUUGCCACCCUUGAGGAAGGUAUUCCUUUCUUUACUUCUAUCUUCUCCUUCUGCGUGGCAAUUUUCAGAUGUGCUUGAGUAUUUCCUUUGCUCAACUAUCCCUAAUGAAACAAAGGGACUACUAGUAGUCUUAGCUACAGUGGAUAUAUGCUUUUAUAAAAUAACUAAGAUAGUACGCAUGUUCUGAUUGGUUAAAAACCUAUGGUUUAUUGUGCUGGUAAACUCAUGGAAAACUUAAAGUCAUUUUAUACAAGCAUUAGACCACACUUCCUAUGGGUUUACUGGCGUGAUAACCCACUUGGGAUGUUGGGAGAACACUCGGAAAGCUUGUAAAUCACUCGCCUUCGGCAAGUAAUUUACAUGCGUUUCUCGUGUUCUCCCAACGUUCCGCGUGGGUUAUCAUGCCAGUAAACCCAUGGAAAGUGUGGUCUAUUGCUGAAAUAUUUUGGUAAUAUGUUUGUUCAUAUGUGUUAGAUUCAUUGUCAUUCAAUGGUAACCUGAAGGGUCCAUCUGGUAAAGCACAACACCAGUGGACUGCACCAGCACCUCAAAGCAAAACGGGUGGGCCAAACUGGCAGCCACCACCCACCUCAAGAAUGUCACUUCUCCAACCAGGAGUGCAGGGAGGUUUUAUGGGUGCUACUCAGCCUUCCGUGCAGCAACCAACUGGUUUUAGACCGCCUUUUGCAGCUCAGCCAAUGGGACAACCUUUCAUGGUGAGCAUUAAUAAUAAUGAUAAUGAUAAUAAUAAAUAAAUGAAUAAUAAUAAUAAUAAUAAUCAGUUUUUUUUGUGGUACAUUAAUUCUCAGUGUGCUAGCUUGCAAAUACAGCCGUUUCUCCUUACUCCUCACCGCUAAGGAUGUUUCACCAGGAGGAACAACUGCGCCGCAGCAACAAAAAUUCCAUACUGAUGACGUAAUAUCUUUCUAGAAUCUGGUCAGGAGCUCUUAUUGGUUGACAUAGUAGUUAUAUUGUUUUACCUACAUUUGUAUUGUUUAUGAAUGACUGAUUAAAGGCAAAAGUCCACAAAGGUCAAAUGUAAACAGGGUCAUAAAUGUGAUGAAUUUACUAUAAAACAGUCAAUAUUCCUGGAAUUUAUUCUUCUUUAGAAAAAGCAUGUGAUAUUUGCUGGAGCUCAUUUCCAGUAGAACACAAAAUUUAUCCUAAUGGAAAAGGAGAAACAUAAAAUCAAACAAAUUUAAACUGUACAUUUCUUAACCCCAUGACUACCGGAUUUAUUAUGUAAACAUUGAUUAAUGCCAUCAGUAUGGAAUUUCUGUCACUGUGGCGCAGAUGUUCCUCCUGGCAAAACGUCACUAGGGGUGAGGAGCAAGGAGAAACGGCUGUAUUCGCAAGCUAUCAAUGUGCUUACUAAGGUAAAUUGAAUUAAAUCUAAGUGAACUACUGUAUGUACAGUAAUAAAGUUAUGUUGAUAGUCUUGUUAGAUCCCCAUCUACACAAGCACAAUUAUUGUUGUUUGACAAUCUUUUGUGAUAAAUAAGAGAGGGAACGUUGCCCAAAUAUGUGGCUAAUAUGCCUGAAAUAGCAGUGCUUGGUGAUUUAUGUCCAGGGUUUGAAGAGAUGGGCAGUCAAGAGUCAAUGUAUGGUCAAAAGAAGACUCUGUCUCACUGAUGAAAUCCUUAGAUGACUGGACACCGUCUUUCGUCGUUUCUAAUAGAAAAUUUAGCUCUGAAGUUCUUAUUUAAAGAUAUGGGCUCUGGUAAAGAAGUAUAGUUUUUAGAACACAUCACUUGAAAGUUGCUACAGAUCCAGAGUUGUAAAUGGUUUUCAAGCUCCCUCUUCUUAUGACUUAGUAACUAAGCCUUGGUUUCCAGCAUCUGUGUGACGUCAUGUCUUGUGUGCAAGAAAAAUAACAAAUUUUCUUUAUAAAAAUUGCCAUGUAAUAGCACAUAAACUUUCCCCUGUUGACUUGUAUUACACUCUGGAGGGAAGAGGUUGCAUACUUCAUUUACAGCUAUUUUGAGAAAGGUUGUUGGAAAAAAAUUUGCACGCAACAGUCCUGAAAGGUAAUAUGUGACAUGAUCAAUACACUGUCCCGGACAUUGUAGCUGUCGAACCUAUUUUUGUGGUUUUCCUUUAGCACUUGCAAACAUAUGCCCGUGGCCUCUUUCGUGGCAUUUUUUCAAAUUUCUUAGAAGAACAGUGAACUCAAAAUCACCCACAAUACCUUUAGUGACUCGUGAAUGCACUUUUUGUGACAACCUUUCUUGAUAUGGCUGUAAUCUUGUAUUUAUGUAUCUCUUAUUGUUUUUUCCUCUUUAGCCUGGCCAACCAGGAGUGUUCCCUCAACAAGGCUCAUUUCCAUCUCAACCAUUUCAGCCUCAGAGACCCACACAGCCCGCAGCAGACCCAUUUGGACCAAUACCUGGUAGUCAGGUAAUUUCUGUGUAGUUACACUUUGUUCAGGCCUUCUGUGAGAGUGCCAAAAUAUGAGGAAAUUAUGCUUAAUUUUUAUAAGGUCACUUAAUGCUGCAAAAAGGUUUAUUUUGCAGCCAAUUUUGCAAUUUCUCUGGACUAGAUUGGACAGAGAGCAUUUAUGGUCACAAGAUUCUUAACAAAUUAAUUAGAACAUUAUAUUCAGAGGUUCUACUUCAUGGUUCCAUAGUCCUAAAUUAGCAUUUCGGUUUGUUAUUGAUCAAUCUUAACCAGUCUAACAUUUUUCACAUUUUUUGUUACAGGUUAGAUUCUGAAUGUGAAACAUUCUGUGGUAUGACAGAUGAUAACUUAGCUGAUAGAUCUGUAAUAAGUCUUUUUACAUUGUGCCUU